AUGAUGACUGAUAUAAAGAAGUUGAUACAGACUCGGAACGGUCAUAAACUAGCCGUUAAAAAGGCUUUUAACACUGCAAACGAAAUUUUUGAGAAAUAUCGCGAGAAUUUAUCGGAAAUAUCUAUCGUUGAUAGAUCAAAGUUACAAUCGCUGAAACGUUCACUGGACAGGCAGUCUAACGAACUUGAUAAUUUGAACAGGCAAAUCGAAACUGCAUUAUCAGCGGAAGAUAUUGAAAGGGAAAUUGUUGAGCGAAGCGAAUUUGAUGAAUUUUUGCACGAGGCCAUUUGCUUGACUGAGAUAUGUUUAGAAUACAAGGCCAAUUCAUCAGAGGCUGCGUCAGAUUCUUCUUGCUGCUCUCGAAACUCUGGUAAUGGAAAUAAGAAAAAGAUAAACUUGCCAAAGUUGCAGCUGCCAACUUUUAAUGGAAACCCCCUCGAAUGGGUUACUUUUUGGGACAGCUUCCAGUCUGCUAUAGGACUGGACGAUGAGCUCAACGAUGUUGACAAAUUUAAGUACCUAAGAUCAUAUUUGGGAGGUGCAGCGUAUACGGCGAUCGAAGGAUUACCUAUCUCAAAUGGCAAUUAUAAGGAGGUCGUGGAUAUAUUACAAAAGCGAUUUGGUUCCAAGCAAGUCAUUAUAUCGAACUUCAUGAACACAAUCAUGAAGUUGCCGAUCGUGAGUUCCUUCGAAGAUUUGAAAAGUUUGCGAUCCCUAUAUGAUAAAACAGAAACAGUGGUAAGGGGUCUCAAAAGCAUCGGAACAGAGCCCUCCAGUUAUGGAACUUUUAUCACGCCAGUAUUGAUGGCAAAGAUUCCAGAGGAAUUACGAGUUACCAUAAGCCGCAAUCUAUCGGACGACGAAGGAAGUUGGGACUUGGAGGAAGUUUUGGAUCUUUUCGGAAAGGAGGUGCAAUUGCGCGAAAAAUGUGUUGUUUCGAAUGAGAGCAGAGGAGUUUCUAGUAGCAGUUCAUGGAGAAAACCAAACGCAAGAGAGUUUAUGAGCAGCAGACAGCACCAACCAUCGACCGUGAGUGCCUUAUACGCGAAUCAAGGAGGUUUGAAAUGUUUCUUUUGCGAUGGAUCGCAUGUUGCUAGUAAGUGCACUUCUAUAACUAAUCCGCAAACUAAAAUGAACAUUCUAAGAGAAAAAGGCAGAUGCUUUUUGUGUUUUAAAACUGGACACGUAGCUUCCUUUUGCCCUACAGGAAAAAGGUGUUUCAAUUGUAAUCGGAAGCACCACAUUGCCCUAUGUAAUGCCAAUGCCUUACAUAGAAAUUCAAGUAAUAACAGGGUACAGAGUUCGGCCGUAAAUGUAGCUGUUGAUCGUGACUUAUCGGUGCUUUUGCAGACAGCAAAGGCAACAGUUUUGAAUGCUUGUAACGAUAACUUGUCUGCAAAUGUAAGGGUUCUAUUUGAUAGUGGUUCAUCUAAAACAUUUGUGAGUUCACGUCUCUGUAAUUAUCUGAAGCUGCCGGUUAUAGGCAAAGAAAAACAGUUGAUUAAGGUUUUUGGCGAAUCAGAACCUAAAUUUCGUGAAUGCGACGUAGUACAAUUAACUGUGGUUUGCAGUGACGGAUUGAAAAUUUACAUGAAAGCGUAUUCUAUUCCGUUGAUUUGCAGUCCAUUAAAUAAUCAGUGUAUUGAUGUUGCAAUUGAACAGUAUCCGUAUUUGCAAGGUUUGCCUCUUGCUGAUUAUAUUACAAGCAAAGAACAAGUAGAUAUCGAUUUACUUAUCGGAUCAGAUUAUUACUGGUCAUUUGUCGGAGGACCUCCUGUAAGGGGGGAGGGUCCAACUGCUGUACCAACUAGGCUUGGUUUCGUUUUAAACGGUCCGGUUAAGGACAUUUAUAAUGUUUGCAGUUCUAUGCAUGUGCAAACAAUUCAUGUAAUGAAAGCAGAGGUUCAAAGUGCAGCAAAUGACUUUGUUGAUGCUGAUGUUAAUAAGUUCUGGGACAUUGAAUCAGUAGGGUUAAAAGAAAAAACGGCUGAUUCUGAAGUGUACGACCAAUUUGUUAAAGAUGCUCGGUUUAAAAACGGUCGAUAUGAAGUUUCUUUGCCAAUGAAAGAAUGUCAUCCAGUCAUUCCUGACAAUUUUUCUCUCGCAAAAAACCGGCUAAAUUCUUUGCUUAAAAGGUUGAACUCAAAACCAGACAUUCUUGAAGAAUAUAACGACGUUAUCUCACAACAGUUAGAUGCGGGGGUUAUCGAACGCGUGGAAAUCGAUAAAAUGGAUAAGCCAGGUGAAGUUCAUUUUUUACCACAUAGAGAGGUAGUAAGGGCGGAUAAAGAGACCACAAAAUUUCGUGUAGUAUAUGAUGCCAGCUCUAAAAGACCUGGUGAAGUAAGUUUGAAUGAUUGCAUGCACACUGGACCUGCUCUUAUACCGAUGAUUUUUGACGUGUUGUUAAGAUUUCGAAUGCAAAAGGUUGCUUUAAUUGGAGAUUUGGAAAAGGCUUUUCUGAACAUUGCUAUUACCCCUAGCCAGAGGGACUUGCUUCGUUUCUUAUGGGUAAAUGAUAUCGACACUGAAAAUCCAAAACUUGUUACGUACAGAUUUACGCGUCUUGUUUUCGGUUUAGUCAGUUCACCGUUUGUUCUCAACGCGACAAUAAGACAUCAUAUGGAUAAAUAUGAGAGAACUGAUCCCGAUUUCGUGGAUUUAGUGAAAAAUUCUACGUACGUAGAUGAUUUUGCUUCUUCUGUCCAAACAACUGAAGAUGCUUUCGCUUUGUAUCAAAAACUGAAAUUUCGGUUCAAGGAAGCAGGUUUCAAUAUGAGAAAAUGGGCCUCAAAUAGUAGUCAGUUGAUGAAUUUAAUUGAAUGUGAAGAGUCCAAAACAGACACGUUCUCUGGUAACUCUCCUAAGAAGCAAUUUCAAAAUGAAACCGAUGAAAAAAGCGUGAAAGUUUUAGGAAUACCAUGGGUCAAGGAACGCGAUGUAAUGAAAUUUGAUUUGAACGAUGUUGUAAAGGGUGUUGCGAAGGAGCUCGCUACAAAAAGAGCAAUUCUAAGUACUAUCGCUCGCGUUUUCGACCCACACGGUUUGAUUUCAUGUGCUAUUUUGCCUUUGAAAAUAUUGUUUCAUGAGGUAUGCUUAAUGAAAGUUAAUUGGGACACUCCUCUUUCUGAACAAAUUCAUUCGCGUUGGAAAGCUAUAAUUGAAAACUUUGAAUCGCUUUCUGAAAUCGAAUUCCCGCGGUGUUUACUCGCUGACAUCGAAGGACAGCAAAUUAAAUCGUUUGAAUUACACAGUUUUUCUGAUGCAAGUAAAAUAGCCAUCGGUGCCAACGUUUAUUUGCGCAUAGAAACGGAUCAAGGGUGGAAAACACAGCUAAUUGCUUCUAAAACUAAGAUAGUUGCAAUGAAAGACGAGACUAUUCCGCGCCUCGAAUUGUCGGCCGCAUUACUCUCAGCGCAAUUAUUGACCUCAAUUGUGAACGCUUUGUAUCGUGUCACUACAAUUAAUAAGGUGUAUUGUUGGUGUGACUCACAAAUUGUACUUUGGUGGAUCUACAAAGAACCGAAGGAAUUUAAAACGUUUGUUGCUAAUCGGUUAGGUCAAAUUCGUGACAUGUUUCCUAAGGAACAUUGGUUUUAUUGCCCCACGGAUAAAAACCCAAGCGAUAUUGCGUCACGGGGCAUUAAAAUAGAGAGAUUAGUUGGAAAUCAACUAUGGUGGCAUGGUCCGGACUUUUUGAUAAAAGACUGUGAAAACUGGCCAAGUUCAAAUUUUCUAUCACGCGAAAGUAGCAUUUCAGAUAUGGCAGUCUCUGAACUUAAAUCCAAAACAAACGUUGUAUCUCUUGUUUGCGUGUCUGAAAAUAGUCAGAAUCUAAGUGUGAAUACUGUCAUUCCAUGCGAAAGGUUCAGCAGCUAUACUAAACUAAUUAGAAUAACAGCCCUCGUCUUGAAGUUUAUCAAGAUUCUACGUAAUAAGCAAAUUGAAAAGAACAUUUCGAAAACUGAUUUUAACGAAGCUGAAUCGUUAUGGCACAGAGAGGUUCAAAAAUCAUUUAAGGAAGAUGUAAAAUUUCAGAAAUCACGGGACAAUAUUCGAGUCGUUGUCGAUGACGAUGGUUUAAUGAGGGUAGGGGGUCGUAUUGAGAACUCAACCAUGCCGUAUAGUGCCAAGUUUCCAAUUCUGUUACCGAGGGAACAUCAUUUCACAAAACUUUAUGUUUGGUUGUGCCAUUUCAAUGUGAAACAUAACGGUGUAAGAGAAACAUUGACGGAGCUAAGGUCGAAGUACUGGAUAAUCGGAGGGAGACAAGUUGUGCGUAAAAUUUUAUCAAAAUGCAUUGUAUGUAAGAAGUUUUCGGCGAAGCCAUUUGAUGUUCUACCCGCUCCACCUUUACCCUCUUUUCGUGUUGCGGAUGAUUUUGCUUUCACAAGGGUUGGAGUUGACUUUGCGGGGCCUCUUUAUGUGCAGGAUAUAUACUCAAAAGAUAAGUCAAUGCAUAAAUGUUACAUCGCGUUAUUCACGUGCGCGAGUACGCGUGCUAUACAUUUGGAGCUAACACCAGACUUAUCCUCGGAUUCGUUCAUGCGUGUUUUACAAAGAUUUAUCGGUCGUCGUGGAUUACCAUCGUUGAUUGUCUCGGAUAAUGGAUCAACGUUUCGGGAUUCAAAUGUGAGGCGGUUUGUAUCUUUAAAGGGCAUACACUGGAUUUAUAACGUUCCCACAGCUAGUUGGUGGGGAGGUAUGUUUGAAAUUUGCGUCAAAUUGACAAAGAGAUGUCUCCGGAAAACAUUGGGCAGUGCCAAAUUAAAGUACGAAGAGCUAGAAACAGUUAUCAUCGAGACAGAAGGAAUUCUUAAUUCGCGACCUUUAACUUAUGUACAUAACGAGCUAACGGAAACGCCGUUAACUCCCGCUCAUCUCGUUUGUGGACGUCGGUUAUUAGAUUUGUACGAGUGUGAUUCAGAAAUUCCAGGUGAAAAAUCCUUACCAAAUCGCGCUAAAUACGUCAAAAGAGUUUUGGAACAUUUCAAAGGACGUUGGAAGUCCGAAUAUCUAACUUCGCUUCGUGAGAAAUCGCGCGAAAGAGGCAAGGCUCGUAGAUGCUCGCAGGUCAAAGUAGGAGAUUUAGUUCACAUAUAUAAGGACAAAACACCUCGGUUAUUAUGGAAGAUGGGUCGUGUUGAAAAAUUAUUGGUUGGCAGAGACAACAUUGUACGCGCAGUCAAGCUUGUAACGCUUGACAAAUCGAAUAAAAUUAUAACUCUUAAUCGCCCUUUACGGAACCUGUAUCCGUUAGAACUAUCCAGUUGCGUUGAUGAAAAGAAACAUGAAGAGCAAGAAUUGGAGCCAAAGAUCACAACGAUCAUGGACAAAGAUGUAGCCGAACAUAUCGUGUAAAUUUAACUGUUAUCAUUGAUUGAUUCGUACCUCCUCAAUCAAGGGGGGAGGAUGUUAGAAAACAUGAAGACUCUGCGGAGGACACAUUGCAAAUAAUGAGUAUUGUUUAGUUUAUUUCCGUGAUGUAUAUAAGGGGAUUAAUUCGAGGUUGGGGGACUUUCGUUGAUGGGACUUUUGAUUGAUAGGACUUGGAUUGUUGGAUUGCUUGAAUGGAGAUGGUUUUCUUGAUCGAUUGGAACACGAACGCGUGUAUUGAAUAAAGGUUGAUUAUGUUUCGCGAAUAUAUGGAUAUUGUUUAGUAAUCGGUUAUGUUGGAAUCUAGAUUGAAGAUUCAUUGUUUACAAAUACCACUGAUUGAGAGAACCUUGGAAUUAUAA